AUGCCUCCACAAAGUAGAGGAACGUCGCCGACUGCGGGCCAGCGCCCGUACUCGAAGUCGGAUUCCAUUCCACCGACACUGAGGCCGUAUCUUGAGAAUUUACCUUCACCCACCGUGUUGGUUCCCAGUGACCAAAGAACUCCGACAGGUCCACGCAUCGUCAUACCAGACCGAGACGUUGUCACGCCCAAACCCACUCCUCGGAGGAGCCGAGCUGUCACAUCGUUUGAGCUGGGCCCGGAUGACAGAGACACGAGCAAAGAUGAAGAGGUGGAUGUAUUUACUUCUCGCGGAGGCGAAUACACACUGGGCGAAGCGGCGGAACAGGAGGGUAACGCGGCGGAUGUGGCAGGCGUGACUUUGGACGACGAUGAUUUUGAGUCACACUACUCCCGCCAGGAGUCCGAGGACUCUGAGGAGGAAGACAGAGAACAGGCGAUCUUCCAGGACAAUGAAGACCAAGGGCGGCAGGAACGGCGUGAGAAUGGCACAGAGGACCCAGGUGGAGAGGCACCAGUUGCGCCGGAAAGACCAGAUUUGCUGUCCAGGGUUCGCUCAUUGCCUGCUCGGCCUCCGAUUUCACAGACGACAGAAAUGCAUUCUCCACCCCAAGAGCAAUCUGGUGGACUUCAUACCUCUCAGUCGACCACAUCUCUUCCUCCCCCACCACCUCCACCACUCUAUCCGCCGUUCUACAAUCGCCCGCCCACUCCUCUGCCACCGUCUCCAAGUCUAACGUCCCUUCUUCGACCCCCAUCUCUGCUCAAUCGCUCCACAGCGUCGACACGUCCUACCACACCUGACAGCUCCGACGUGGAGACCCCCAACGACACUGAAGCUGCUGUGGCUCACUCGGCUCGGCGUGCAAACCCACCACCACCUACCUCUCCCAAAGUCCCGACCUACGAGUACUAUGGCUUUGUCUUGUACUUGGCCUCCACGCUGGCCUUCCUGAUUUAUAUUCUCUGGUCUUACCUACCGUCUCCAUUCCUCCAUGCCUUGGGAAUCACAUAUUACCCCAACCGUUGGUGGUCGUUGGCCAUUCCAGCAUGGAUCGUCAUGCUCUUGAUUUUCAUCUAUGUUGCACUACUGAGUUACAACAUCGAGUAUCUCACUCUUCCGUUAGGGAGCUUGGAGUGCAUGGUCGAUGAAGCUGCGAAUGUGGCCAUCCUCGACCAAUCUGGGCGCUUGAGAAAAGGCGGGAGCAAACGUUUCGUCAGGGAACUGGAAGAGCGCGCGAAGCUUGAACGGGAAAUGGAGUCCUCACGAGCUAAAACUGGAAAGGGCAAGAAAGGGGCCCAUCGGUCACAAGACAAAGCAAAGCGAAAGUCUUCCCGAGCAAGCGGUGGUCGUCAUCCUGAGCCGCCUGAAGUGCCGGCACGAGGUUAUCGAGAUUCGCCGCCGUCCUUCUCAGCAACAGCCCCUAAUCCCUAUCAACCUCCAGCAACGUACCCCUUUAUUUCUACGCAUGUCCAUCCGACUCAGACCCAACAUGAGUACCAGAGGCAAGGGCUUUCCCCCUCAUACCCAAACUGGAAGCUUGUUUGGAACGAGGGUACCGAUGCCGUCAUGGAUGUGCCUAUCGGUGGGGUGUGCGAAGUAUUGUAUGGCUGA